GUGACGCUCCUGCGUGAGUGUGUGUGUGUGUGUGUGUGUGUUUGCAUUCUGAAUGGAUCCACAGCCGGUCGGAAUCAGCAGCGUCUCUGUGCCCAGAGGUGACUAUGAGGACGCUUCUCUCUUCUUUAUUCUUUCACACCAUGAUCUGGGCCAGCACAGCAAUUGACCCCGCCCCCAAAAUUGACGGACAGCAGACCUCGUCAGUCACGGUACAGGAGAACUUCACUCACCACUUCAACUGCCAAUCAGAGGGCUGGAAUCCUCAAGCCCCGCCCCUGCUGACCUGGUACCUGAACGGGGAGAGGCAGAGCGAGGUGACGGGCAGCCGGGGGGCGGGGCGUCUGGUUAUGACAUCACCGGGGGAAUCCGGAGUGCUUAGAUACGGGUCCGAGCGCAACAGCACAUUCACACUCAAACCCAAACGCUGGGACCGAGAGCUGGUGUGUGCGGCGCGAAACCCUGCCGGAGGAGAGAGUUACAACGCCACCGUCACGCUCAACGUCCAGUUCCAGCCGGAGAUCUUGCGCGUGGACGCCCACUACAGCGAGACCGCGGACCCCGGCCUCUCCCUCAUCCUCUUCGCUUUGGUUCGGUCCAACCCCCCCGCCACCAUCACCUGGGUGGAUCGGUCCGGUCAGCUGCUGGCCAACAGCUCCGACUUCCUCAUCCUGGACUCACGGAGCCACCCGUGGCUGGCCAAUCACAGCCUGCAGGUCACUCUGAGCAGCCUAUCAGGAAACAUCUCGGUCAACGCCAACAACAGCCUUGGCUCCGCCCACAGCAACCUCACGCUCACAGAUUUCCUGCAGUCACGAGUGGAGGUGCCGAUGUUCGGGAUAGUGACGGGUGGUGUCGCCGGCAUCAUCACCCUCCUCAUCUUCACCUUGAUGGUCUUCUUCCUCCUACAGAAGGACAAAACCAAAGCCAUCGAAGAGCCCGUCGCAGUGCAUCUGUCCUCCAAACGUAACGACAUGGUGAAGAUUCAGGUGAACGGUUUUUAUCUCCCCAGAGAGAACAUGUCUUUACCGUCACACGUGCAGCUGAACGACGACCGCACGCUCUGUAAGGGGCAGAAGAUCUCCAGACCGAACACACUGGAGAGAAGACGCACUGACGAGGAAGAGGAGGAUCUGUCUGCGGCCUACGCUGCCCGAGGUCAGAGGUCAUGACCUUAAAGGGACAGUUCACCCAACAAUGUUUCGCUCGCUAUCCGAUGGUGGGAUACAUCUAUAAAGUGAGCAGCACCAGCAGUGACGAGAUCUGGCUAUGAACAUCUGCACACUCUGCACACUCUGACCUCUGACCUCACGAGGCCUGAUCCACCUGAACCCUGACAGCAG